AUGGGACUAAUCGGUGGACUUUUUACAUCUCUUGUUAGUGGCGGAACUGCAGUUCUUUUCUCCCCAAUGACAUUCAUCAGGAAUCCGUUAUUGUGGCUUCAAACAAUGAGCAAGUAUCAAGCCACUCACAGUGCAGGUCCCAACUUUGCAUUUGAACUAGUAGUGAGAAGAUUAGAGAGUGUCAAGGAUAAGGUGCUGGAUUAUGAUCUUUCUUUUAUGAAGUUUCUUAUGGUUGCUGCAGAACCCGUUAGGCAGAAAACUCUCCUGAGUUUUGUUCGGCUCACCGCACCCUUUGGCCUUUCUCAACAAGUAAUGGCUCCAGGUUAUGGUUUGGCUGAAAAUUGUGUUUUUGUUUGUUGUGCAUAUGGAGAAAAGAAGCCCAUUUUAAUCGAUUGGCAAGGACGAGUGUGUUGUGGGUAUGUAAGUCAAAGUGAUGAAGAUGUUGACAUCAGAAUAGUUGAUCCGGAAACCAGUUUAGAACACAACAAGCCUGGGAAGGAAGGAGAGAUAUGGAUUAGCAGCCCAAGUGCUGGAAUCGGGUACUGGGAUAAAGAGGAGUUAAGUCAGAAAACUUUCAAAAAUAUGCUUGAAACUGGUCCAGGCAGAAUAUAUACAAAAACCGGGGACUUGGGAAGGAUAAUAGAUGGAAACUUGUUCAUCACUGGAAGAAUAAAGGAUCUUAUUAUCGUUGGUGGUAGAAAUAUAUACUCAGCAGACAUUGAAAAAACAGUGGAAAGUGCUUCCGAACUUCUACGUCCUGGUUGCUGUGCUGUCAUCGGGGUCCCGGAGGAAACCUUAUCAACAAAAGGCAUAUCGGUUCCAGAUUCUUCUGAUCAAGUUGGUUUAGUUGUGAUUGCUGAGGUUAGAGAUGGUAAACCUGUUAACAAAGAAGUAAUUCAGCAAAUUCAGGCUCGGGUUGCAGAAGAACACGGUGUCACUAUUGCAUCUGUUAAGCUAAUCAAACCUCGAACAAUCAGUAAAACUACAUCCGGAAAGAUAAAAAGAUUUGAAUGCCUUAAACAGUUUUCUGAUGGAACUUUGAAUCUUGUUCCAGAACCAAUUGUGACCAAGAAACGCUUAAUGCGGUCCUACACCACAGGAACAUGUAGGGAAGGAAAUACACCUAGACCUGAACUUGUGACUAGUCGUCCCUUGGCACCUAGUGGGCCGAGUCACAAAGAGAUUGAAGAUUUUUUAAUGGGUGUGGUUUCUGAGCAAACAGGAAUUUCAAUCAACAAAAUCUCGACCACUGAAGGUUUGACAUCGUAUGGGAUCGACUCUAUCGGUGUUGUUAGAGCUGCUCAAAAGCUUUCAGAUUUUCUGGGGGUUCCUGUCGGAGCAGUGGAUGUAUUCACAGCCACCUGCAUUUCAGACUUAGCAAGCUUUUCGGAGAAUCUUCUAAUGAAAUCUCAACCAAACAGCACAACUAAUCCUUUUUCCGUUCUUCCAGAAUACGAAAACGAUAGUAGUCUUGACUUCAUGACCGAGGUUACAACGCUUCACCAAUUUGGUAUCUGGACGUUGCAAGUUUGUGGACUUAUGUAUAUGUGCAUGAUGCUUGUUCUACCUGCUUAUCUGUCCAUUUCUAUAUUCAUGAACUUGAUCACUUCGGGACACUUGCCUUCAUGGAUGGGGUAUCCUAUUUCUAUACUGGCUGCUCCUAUUGCUUGGAUCUUCUGCAUAUUUAGUACCUGCAUAUCUGUUGCAUUCUUUGGUAAAUCAUUUCUUCAGCCGAAUUAUGCUCUUACCCCAGAGGUUUCGGUAUGGUCCAUGGACUUCGUGAAGUGGUGGACGCUGUACAAGGCACAAGAAGUUUCUUCUAAGGUCAUGGCAGUUCAUUUGAGGGGGACGGUGUUUUUGAAAUACUGGUUUGAGUUGUUUGGAGCAAGAAUUGGUUCAUCGGUUGUUCUAGAUACAGUUGAUAUUACAGACCCGUCUCUCCUUUUUAUAGGAGAUGGAGCUGUAAUUGCAGAAGGAGCUUUGAUUCAGGGACAUGAAGUGAAGAAUGGAGUUUUAAGUUUUCUCCCAAUCAGGAUUGGUCAAAGAUCUGAAGUUGGGCCCUAUGCUGUAAUUCAAAAAGGAAGUGUUUUAGGUGAAGAGGCUAAAGUCGGAACCUUACAGAAAACAGAAAGCGGAAAGCCUGUUUUCAGAUCAGGCAGACGCAAAAGUGUUCAAAAGGAUCCAACAAAUGAUACUCAAACCAGCACCAUCUCUCACCUAAUGGGUAUUUAUGCUGUCGCGUUUCUAAGUUCUCUUUCAGCUGCGAUAUCUUACUUCCUUUAUAUCUCUUUAUAUCAAGAGUCACCAUCUCUCAAACACUUCUCAUUUCUCUGUGUUGCUGGAGCUUUCCACUGGCUUCCUUUCACAAUUAUCGCCUAUGCUACCAUGAUCUUUACUACCUCGGUGAACCCACUGACCUUUUCCAUGACAUUAGCUGCUGCUUACCUGGCUCAUGGUUUGAUCCUUAGCUUACUAACCUGCAGUAUGACAUGGUUUCUUGACCAAAAAGACCAAACAAAUGAAAGCUCAUUUAAAAUAUGGCUUCGUCACCGAAUCAACAUCUCUUGCCAUCUUAGAUUUGCCAAGCUUCUUUCUGGAACUGAAGCCUUCUGUGUCUACUUGAGACUUUUGGGUGCAGAAGUUGGAAACCAUUGUUCAAUCAGAGCCAUUAACCCGGUUUCUGACCCGAAACUGAUCUCAAUUGGUGAGGGUGUUCAUUUGGGUGACUUUAGCAGGAUAAUUGCUGGCUUUUAUUCUAUAAACGGGUUCAAAAGUGGGAAAGUGGAAGUCCAGGAUAAUGCAGUAGUCGGGAGUCAAAGCAUUCUGCUUCCUGGUUCAGUUGUUCAAAACAACAGGUGGUGUUUAUAUCGGUUCUGA